AUGCCCGCGGUCCAGAGCGCGCUGCGACCGGGUGCCGGCGGGCACAGCGGCGAUGCAAAAGGCUCUCCCCCCGGCCGGGAGCCACCGGAGCCGGCCGCCGGAGAGGUUGGGACCGCGAAGGAUGCGGCGAUAACAGGCUGCGGAGAUAUUAUUGCGGACCAUGAGGAGGAUGUGGGCGGCGGGAGUGGCGCCUGCGAGAAGAGCACCCCCGGGCCCAGCAAGCUGGGUGCCACCAAGAAGCAGCCCACCAUGGUGGCCUACCAGGGAGGAGGGGAGGAGAUGGCCAGCCCCGAGCAGGUGGAUGACACCUGCCUGCAGGAGUUCUGGGAUAUGCUGUCACAGACAGGCGAGACCCCGACGCAAGCGGGAGGAAGCGGAGGAGGGACAAAGAAGCCCGAGGGGUUGAAGGAAACCCGAGGUACGGAGGGGGCCCAGAAUAGGGUGGUGGUGAAACGUGGUGGCCUCCACCAGAUUGCCAUCCACCUAAACCACAAAGAGGAGCAGAAGAGCAGGGAAAAGGAGCAGCACGAGGGUGUCCCAAACAGCGAUGAGGGCUACUGGGAUUCCACCACCCCUGGACCCGAGGAAGAUAGUUCCACAAGCAUCCAGAAGGAAACCCUUCCCAGGGAUAGCUACAGUGGGGAUGCUCUCUAUGACCUUUAUGCUGAGCCGGAUGAGAACCCACCAGCGGGGCCUACAAACGAGGAAGUCCCCAGUGUGCCACGCUCCAAGCCCGUGUCUCCAAUAACAACUGUGAGCUCACUGAAAACACCCUCAAGCACAGCGAAGGACUCCAAGAUUCCCAUCAGCAUUAAACACCUUUCCUCGCAUCCCGCCAGCCAUGGAGCAGAUGCCAGUAACAGCCACCACGUCGCACACCAUCACCUGGCCAAAAGUGAGAUGCACAGAACAAAAAUCCCCGUCUCCAAAGUCCUGGUACGCCGAGUCAGUAACAGGGGCGUAGCAGGGACAACGGUGAAAACUGCCACGCACCAGGACAGUGCCAAAAAGUAGCUGGGUAAGAGCUGGAGACAAAGACAGAGGGCGAAGACCAUGUGGGAAAGUCUGCAUAGGAGACCACAGAUAAUGAAUUCGUUUUGCAUCACCUGAAGAAAGUCACCUAAAAGGCUUCCUUCACUGUACUCCGUGGGCCUGCACUUCUGAGUCUCUUUUUACUAGACUGUACGGCUGAAUAGAAAAAGUCAACUUCUUUUUGAGCACUUUUUUUUUACAUUUGUAUCUUUUUUCUGCAACACUAAACACUGGGGAGGUUCGUUUUUACAUGCCUUUCUGGAAGCAGGACUUGGAUUAUGACCAUCUUUCCUCGUGCAAAGCAGCGUCAUGAGUUCUUCAAGGGACCAGAGUUACAAAAGGAGCGACAUGACUUGUCUUCUAAUCGUUUCUCGGGGAGGAGUAGAGGCUGGGUGCCUGGCUGGCUCUGGAAAUGAUGUUUGCUCUGCAAGAUGUUGGAAAAAAUGCCAAGCAGAAAACAACCCACCUAACAGGUACUUUACCUGCUGUAGGAACGAGAACACUGCUCAGCAGCAGACUUGAUUGACUUGUGUGCAGGAGAUAAAACUAAGGAGUUAGGUGGACUCGUCUAACAGGAAAACAUAUUUUCGUUUGUCUGUCUGUCUGGUUGGUUUUGAUCUGGUCUAAUGUAAAUGGGUAACAGAGACACCUGACGUAGGUUCAGAUGUUUACAUCAAUACUUGUCCAAUAAUGCAUACAAUCAGGUUCAGGGAAACAUUUUACUAAAUGCCAAUAUAUACACACUGUCCACAUUUAUACAAUAACUUGCUCGCCAUGUGUAAAUAUAUAUGUGUUUUAGCAGAUUUUUUAUAAAAAAAAAAUCACCUGUCCUUAUUAUCUAGAGUUUAAGCAAGAGUUAGUUUUUAUAGGUAGAUAAUUUUACAGUUCUAAAAGGAUAGAACUUUGUGUAAGUACCUUAAAUUAGAGAAAAACUCUGGUUUGUAUGGGCUCAUGCAUCCCCAGAUGAGUAAGUCUGAAGUGCUGAUUUUAUUCCAGUGGCACAUUCCAUGGCUCAGAGCUGAUGUUCUGACAGCACUGCCACUGCAAACCUCUAUUUUCAGGGGUUUAGACAAAUUUGCUCUGGGCUUAAACCUUACC